GUGACGGAAGUGCCGCUUACGCCUGCCUGACGUCCCUCGGGAGACCCUGCGCCGCUCCUCGUAGCCGCGGCCAUGUCUGGACCCGGCAACAAACGCGCCGCCGGCGACGGUGGCUCAGGGCCCCCAGAGAAGAAGCUGAGCCGCGAGGAGAAGACCACGACCACGCUUAUAGAGCCCAUCCGUCUUGGGGGCAUCUCUUCCACGGAGGAGAUGGACCUGAAGGUUCUGCAGUUCAAGAACAAGAAACUGGCAGAGCGGUUGGAACAGCGACAGGCUUGUGAAGAUGAACUCCGAGAACGAAUUGAGAAGCUGGAGAAGCGGCAGGCCACAGAUGAUGCCACACUCCUCAUUGUCAAUCGCUACUGGGCCCAGCUGGAUGAAACUGUGGAAGCCCUUCUCCGACACCAUGAGAGCCAGGGGGAGCUGUCUUCAGGGACAGAGGCGCCUGGGACCCAGGAGGGGCCGACACGUGAUGAGACCCCUCUCACAGAGCCAGGGACAUCGGAGCUGAGGGAGCCCCUGCCAGUGCAGCUGCGGCCCCCCCUCAGUGAGCCAGCCUUGGCUUUUGUGGUAGCACUGGGCGCCAGCAGUAGUGAGGAGGUGGAGCUGCAGCUCCAGGGCCGAAUGGAGUUCUCCAAAGCAGCCGUGUCCCGUGUCGUAGAGGCUUCAGACCGCCUACAGCGCCAGGUGGAGGAACUCUGUCAGCGAGUAUACAGCCGAGGGGACAGUGAGCCCCCCGGUGAGGUGGCUCGGGCACGCACGCGGGAGUUGGGUCGUGAGAACCGGCGGCUGCAGGACUUGGCCACCCAGCUACAAGAGAAGCACCAUCGCAUCUCGUUGGAGUACUCUGAGCUCCAGGAUAAAGUGACAUCAGCAGAGACCAAGGUGCUGGAGAUGGAGACGACGGUGGAGGACCUGCAGUGGGACAUAGAGAAGCUGCGCAAGCGUGAGCAGAAGCUCAAUAAGCACCUGGCGGAGGCCUUGGAGCAGGUGGGGCUGGGGUGCUGGGUCAGAUGGAGCCACGGCUGGGUACGUGGAGCCCUCGCUUCUCUCCUCCACCCCCAUCGGUCUGUCUCUCCACAGCUCAACUCUGGCUACUAUGUGUCUGGGAGCUCCUCCGGCUUCCAGGGGGGCCAGAUUACACUCAGCAUGCAGAAGUUUGAGAUGCUGAAUGCAGAGUUGGAGGAAAACCAGGAAUUGGCCAACAGCCGUAUGGCAGAGCUGGAGAAGCUGCAGGCCGAACUUCAGGGGGCUGUGCGGACCAAUGAGCGCCUCAAGGUUGCCCUGAGGAGCCUUCCCGAGGAGGUGGUGAGGGAAACAGGGGAGUACCGAAUGCUGCAGGCCCAGUUCUCACUGCUCUACAACGAGUCUCUGCAAGUGAAGACCCAGCUUGAUGAGGCCCGGGGGCUGCUGCUGGCUACCAAGAAUUCCCACCUAAGACACAUUGAGCACAUGGAGAGCGAUGAGCUGGGGCUGCAGAAGAAGCUGCGCACAGAGGUUAUCCAGCUGGAGGACACACUGGCGCAGGUACGCAAGGAGUACGAGAUGCUGCGCAUCGAGUUUGAGCAGAACCUGGCGGCCAACGAGCAGGCAGGGCCCAUCAACCGUGAGAUGCGCCACCUGAUCAGCAGCCUCCAAAACCACAACCACCAGCUAAAGGGGGAUGCCCAGCGGUACAAGCGGAAGCUGCGGGAAGUGCAGGCGGAGAUUGGCAAGCUCCGGGCCCAGGCCAGCGGCUCCACCCACUCCAUCCCCAACCUGGGCCACCCAGAAGACUCUGGGCUCAGUGCCCCAGCCCCAGGGAAAGAAGAGGGUGGGCCGGGCCCUGUCACUGCGCCCGAUGGCAGAAAGGAGAUGGCUUCAGUGCCUGGCACCACCACUACUACCUCCUCAGCGAAGAAGGAGGAGCUGGUGCCCUCUGAGGAAGAUGCCCAGGCCAUAACUCCUGGGUCCCAGGGCCCCUCCUCCCGGGGCCGAGAACCUGAGGCCAGGCCCAAGCGGGAGCUUCGAGAGCGGGAAGGGCCUGGCCUGGGACCCCCAUCUGUAGCCUCAGCUCUCUCAAGGGCUGAUCGGGAGAAGGCCAAGGUGGAGGAGGCCAAGAGGAAGGAGUCAGAACUCCUCAAAGGUCUCCGAGCAGAGCUCAAGAAGGCCCAGGAGAGCCAGAAGGAGAUGAAGCUGCUACUGGACAUGUACAAGUCAGCACCCAAGGAACAGCGGGAUAAGGUGCAGCUCAUGGCAGCUGAACGCAAGGCCAAGGCUGAGGUUGAUGAACUACGGAGCCGUAUUCGGGAAUUGGAGGAAAGGGACAGAAGGGAGAGCAAAAAAAUUGCAGAUGAGGACGCCCUGCGGCGCAUUCGGCAGGCGGAGGAGCAGAUCGAACACCUGCAGCGCAAGUUGGGUGCUACCAAGCAGGAAGAGGAGGCUCUGCUGUCAGAGAUGGAUGUGACUGGUCAGGCUUUUGAAGACAUGCAGGAGCAAAAUGGGAGGCUGCUACAGCAGUUACGGGAAAAGGAUGAUGCCAACUUCAAGCUGAUGUCUGAGCGGAUCAAGGCCAACCAGAUUCACAAGCUGCUGCGGGAGGAGAAGGAUGAGCUGGGCGAGCAAGUUCUGGGCCUGAAGUCCCAGGUGGAUGCCCAGCUGCUGACCGUGCAGAAGCUGGAGGAGAAAGAGCGGGCCUUGCAGGGCAGCCUUGGGGGUGUGGAGAAGGAGCUGACGCUGCGCAGCCAGGCCCUGGAGCUCAACAAGAGGAAGGCUGUGGAAGCAGCCCAGCUGGCCGAGGAUCUAAAGGUGCAACUGGAGUACGUGCAGACACGGCUGCGAGAGAUCCAGCCUUGCCUGGCGGAGAGCCGGGCUGCUCGCGAGAAAGAGAGCUUCAACCUCAAGAGAGCUCAGGAGGACAUCUCACGGCUGCGGCGCAAGCUGGAGAAGCAGAGGAAGGUGGAGGUUUAUGCAGAUGCCGAUGAAAUCCUCCAGGAGGAGAUCAAGGAGUACAAGGCGCGGUUGACCUGCCCCUGCUGUAACACCCGCAAGAAGGAUGCAGUCCUUACCAAGUGCUUCCACGUUUUCUGCUUCGAGUGCGUGCGGGGCCGCUAUGAGGCCCGCCAGAGGAAGUGCCCCAAGUGCAACGCGGCCUUUGGUGCCCACGACUUCCAUCGCGUCUACAUCAGCUGAACCUGUAACUCAGGGGACUCUGGAACACCCACGGACCCUGGGGGCUGUGCCUCCAGUCCCUCCCCACCUCAUGUUCAGUGGCCCCUACCCUCCAUUCCAGACCCUGUGGGCCCAGCCCCACUCCACCUAGUUGGUUUGGGGGUCCCAGUGCGUGCUAGUGGGGGUGAGAUCCGUCAAGCUCAGUUCCAUCUUUCCCCCCCAGUCAGAGCUGUAGCCUAAGGGGCACCUGCCCUGCAGGAAGGGUCUGCUCUGAGCGGAGCACUCAGCUGAGCUCCUUGGAAGCUGGCCCUAACCCUUGGCCACAGGCUGACUCCUAGGCAGCUGUCUCCGUGGGCCCAUCCUAGUCCAAAGGGUGAAAUCCCCCAGGCUGUGACCUCCUACCCAAGAGGAGGUGCGUUCACUACCUGCUUACCCACAAGUGAGGACCAGGGGUGGGCCAGUUUCCCCAGGCCCUUAACUCCGGGGCCCAGGGAGACUUUCCCAGCUUGGGUGGGGCUUCCCUCCUGUGGAGUUCCCUGGGCUCUUUGGUCUGGCUCUUAUGCUAAGGGCUGAAGGAGGUACCCCCUGGGGGGGGGGCACGGUCCUCCUCUUCUGGGGAACUUUGGCUGCUGCAGUCACCUUGCCCUCAUCUCAGGAGUGCUGAACGAAGAUCAUCAGUCUCUAUUCUAAUCAGCCUCCCCCCCAUCUCUAUUUCUUUCCCAAGCCCACUUAGCCCACCCCCACCCCCCACCUCAUGCUUCCCAAGACUCCAGUGGGUCCCCAGCCUGGACCCUGCAUUCAUCCUAAUGGCUUUAACUGCAGUGGAGGCGGAAUUUCCCAGGAGGGGAAGGGACAGACUAGCGGCUGGGCCAACUUCCAAUCAUUCCAGGUAGAGGAGCUUCAUCUAACGCCCUGUGACUGAGCCUGUCCCCAAGAUGCUUCCUGUGCUGCCUGCCCAAGCAAACUCCCAUGGGUUGUGAAGGCCACAGGCAGGGGCCUGGAAGGUGGAGCUGCUGACAGGUGCAAGGGUCCAUUCAGACCCAUAGGCCCUGCUCUAGAGAUUUCUUGUAUAGGCUGUUAAUUGUUAUGAAUAAACAUCCAACCCUCAGCCUACA